AAACCCUCCGUCUUCUGUGGGCAAACCUGGGGCGGCAAGCAGUAGCGUCCUCGUCGCGCUGCUGCCCGGGAGGCGGGAGGGGCCGAGCCCGGCGCGGAGGUCGGGCCGACUGGGCCUGGGCGCGGCGAGCCCCGCCGCUGCCCGGAUGUUGCGGUGGCUGAUCGGGGGCGGCCGAGAGCCGCAGGGACUGGCCGAGAAAUCUCCUUUGCAGACAAUAGGUGAAGAACAGACCCAGAACCCCUAUACCGAGCUGCUUGUCCUGAAAGCUCAUCAUGAUAUUGUACGGUUUUUGGUACAGUUAGAUGACUACAGAUUUGCAUCUGCUGGUGAUGAUGGAAUUGUAGUUGUGUGGAAUGCUCAGACAGGAGAAAAACUUCUGGAACUCAAUGGACACGCUCAAAAGAUAACAGCUAUUAUUACGUUUCCUUCCUUGGAAGCUUGUGAAGAAAAAAAUCAACUGAUCUUGACAGCCUCUGCUGAUAAAACAGUUAUCGUAUGGGAUUGUGAUACUGGCAGACAAGUUCAGAAAGUGUCAUGCUUCCAAUCUACUGUAAAGUGUUUAACUGUUCUUCAGCGACUAGAUGUUUGGCUCUCUGGUGGGAAUGACCUUUGUGUGUGGAACCGAAAAUUAGAUCUCCUCUGUAAGACUAGUCACCUUUCUGAUACAGGGAUCAGUGCUUUGAUUGAAAUACCUAAGAACUGUGUCGUGGCAGCAGUUGGCAAAGAACUGAUAAUUUUCAAGUUGGUAGCACCCACAGAAGGAUCACUAGAAUGGAAUAUUCUUGAAGUUAAGCGCCUCCUUGAUCACCAGGAUAAUAUUCUCUCAUUGGUUAAUGUCAAUGAUUUGAGUUUUGUGUCUGGCUCCCAUGUUGGAGAGCUGAUCAUCUGGGAUAUCCUGGACUGGACCAUGCAGGCCUGUGAACGCAACUUCUGGACACAGCUGGACACCCAACAAGAAAUAAAACUCUAUCAAAACCCAAAUGACAUUUCUAUUCAUCAUUUCACAUGGGAUGAAGAGAAUGUAUUUGCUGCAGUUGGAAGGGGUCUAUACGUGUAUAACCUUCAAACGAGGCGUGUGAUUGCCUGCCAGAAAACCGCACAUGACUCCAGUGUCCUGCACAUUGCCAGACUCCCCAACAGGCAGUUAAUCUCAUGCUCAGAAGAUGGCAGUGUGCGCAUUUGGGAGUUACGAGAAAAACGGCAGCUUACAGCAGAACCUGUACCGACAGGUUUUUUUAAUAUGUGGGGAUUUGGAAGAGUGAAUAAACAGGCCAGCCAACCUAGUAAAAAGCAGCAAGAAGAUGCCACUUCCUGUUCACUGGAGCUCAUUGGAGAUUUGAUUGGACACUCGUCGUCUGUGGAGAUGUUUCUGUACUUUGAAGAUCAUGGACUAGUGACAUGCUCUGCUGAUCAUCUCAUUAUUUUGUGGAAAAAUGGAGAACGAGAAUCUGGAUUGCGCAGCUUAAAAUUAUUUCAAAAAUUAGAGGAGAAUGGUGACUUAUAUCUUACUGUCUAGUUUAAGGAACUCGGAAUACAUGUGCAUGAACCCUGAAGAUCAAAUAUAGGGUAAUACUCUUAAAACUAUUAACAUAUUGGUCACUUAAAUUUGUAAUGUAUUUUUUUUCUUGUCACUCCAUAAAAUUUGAUUGUUUGAA